AUGAAGUUCGGCAAGCAGCUCGAGAUCUCGGCUAAUCCAGAGUGGCGUGAUAACUAUGUGCAGUAUAAGCGUUUAAAGCGGCUUAUUAAGCGCGUUGCCUUUGAAGUAGAGAAAAAACAGAACAAGCAGAAGAAGCUCCAGCACAAGAUGGAGCUUGACGCUGGUGACGAGGAGGUUCACGUGGUUGUGGACGAGAGCCACCCACUGCUUAAACCCGUAGUGGAUGAUGUGCAGGAUGCCAAGGAUCAGUUCUGGGAGGUACUUGAUGCCAACCUAAUGAUCGUCAACGACUUUUUUAAAAGUAAAGUCGUCCGCCUUUACCGAUCCGUGGGCGAGUUUGAGGUCAUGUUAGAGGACGAGAGAACGCCCACGGGUCACGUGCACACGCGCUCUCGUACUUACUCACAAGAGCAUGGGUUUGCAGCGCUACAGGAGAUCUAUGAUACACUGGUGGAUUUACGUACGUUUGUACAAAUAAAUCAUUCAGGUUUUCGAAAGAUUGUCAAGAAGUUUGACAAGACCGUGAAGACUCAUACGCAAGACGCUUUUAUGAAACGCUUGGGUAAUCAACGCUUUUAUAAGUCUACGGAUAUCGACGACUUGCUGACUCGCGUAUUUCGGCUUACUUCGAAGGACAAAUUGGAGGCUGGAAACAUGGAACGUCGCAUGCGGCGAAUGCAAGGGGACCAGAAUGCGCUGCUUCGUAAGGUGAAAGUCGUCCCGUUCUGCAUCUCAUUGGCACUAUUUGCUCUUCUUAUGCUUGUUCGAAUCACACCAGAAGGAAAAGACGUGCAACAGCGAUGCCUCGCCAUGCUCGUGUUCAUAACAGCACUCUGGGUCACAGAAGCACUUCCCUAUUUUGCAACCGCGUUACUCGUUCCUCCGCUUGUUGUAUUCCUGCGUAUUUUAAAUGACAAAGCGCACCCUGACAAUCUGCUUACUGCUAAGCAAUCUGCCAAGGAAGUCAUGUCCAUGUUGGUCAACCACACGACAAUUUUGAUUAUGGGCGGCUAUUCAAUAUCGGCGGCUUUCGCAAAGUGUCAGAUUGAGCUCUACAUUGCUGCAUUUUUGCAGCGUCGUUUCAAGAAGAGCCCGAAUUUGUUUCUUUUGGCAAUCAUGCUCAUGGGACUCUUUUUGUCAAUGUGGAUUAGUAACCACACGGCUCCAGUACUAUGUGUGUCGGUCCUGCUUCCUAUCAUUCGAGACUUUCCCACGAACAGUAUCUAUGUCAAGACGCUAUUAAUCGGCUUGGCUUUUGCCUGCAAUUUGGGAGGAAUGAUGACUCCGAUUUCUUCAUUGCAAAACACAUUAGCGGUAUCGUUCUUGGAAAAGGCCGGAUAUACUGUCACCUUUGGUCAGUGGAUGGCGAUGGCUGUUCCAUUUUGCACUGUUAGCACAGUAUUGUGUUGGGCUUUUUUGCUGUGGGUUAUGGAUCCUAGGGAUGCGACGUACAUUCCACAGAUUGUCUACGACCAGAAACAAAAGAUUAGCAGCCUUCAUGUUGUUGUUGUAUCCAUGACGCUUCUAACUAUCUUCUUGUGGGCGUCAUUCUCGGUGACAAUUACCACCUUUGGUGAUUUGGGUAUCAUCUCAAUGAUAUUUAUGUUUAUCAUGUUUGGCACGGGCAUGCUCAGCCAAUUUGACUUUGACUCUUUCUCGUGGCAUAUUCUGUUUUUGAUCGGUGGUGGCAACGUCUUGGGAGAUGCCGUGCAGCGAUCAGGUCUUCUCGACACACUUAGCCAAAUGGUCAUACAUGCGUUGCCGUCUGGAAACGUCUGGAUGGUCACUGUUUCACUCUGCAGUAUGGUGAUCUGCCUUACGACUUUCGUCUCGCAUACAGUUGCAUCGAUCAUUCUUUUGCCAAUCAUAGUUCAGAUGGCAAUUCAGAUCGGACACCCACACAUACCUGUAAUCUGCUGUGCUUUGGCCAUUUCCGCUGCGAUGGCACUCCCGUUCUCGUCUUUUCCAAACAUCAACUCACUAUUGGUAUUAGACGACCACGGCCAACCGUACCUGGAGGUGAAAGACUUUCUUCGUGUAGGAGUGAGCUUUUCUCUCGUUACGAUGGCUUUAAUCGUCACUCUCGGUUACGGUCUCAUCGUUCUUGUGUUGGGAUACGAGAUUGAUUUGACGACUACAAUGUGGGAAGUAUGA